CAAAAUUUGAUAUCUUUCCAAAAUAAUUUCUUUUCAACAAAUGUUCUUUCGUUUUUGGGAUGCAUUGCGAGUACGGGUGAAAAUUACGGGUGAAAAACUUUGUUUCAAAGCAAAUUUUCAAAGCAAAAGUUGAGAAAUAUUUCAUCAUUUCAAUAGAAUCCUCCAAACUUUAUGUAAGAGUGAGCAAUGUCUAUUUUCCAAUAUGGCGGACAAAAAUGAUCGCGAUCAACCUAUUAUAUUGAUUUUAAAGUCUAAAAACGAAAACGAUAAUUACGAACGAUUGCUUCAUGAACACGGAUACAGAACAGUGUUUGUUCCUGUUCUAUCCUUUAAGUUCAUAAACCAGGAAGCCCUGAAAGAUCGGUUAAAUAACCCGGAAAAACACAGUGGACUUAUAUUUACAAGUCAGCGAGCGAUUGAAGCUGUUCAACUUUGCCUCAGUGAUCCAGUAUUUGAGGAGAAAUGGAGUUCAUUGUUGAAGGAACAAUGGUCACAUCUUCCCGUUUUCGUCACCGGAAAAGCAACGGGAAAACAAGUCCGAGAAAAACUGAACUUUUCGUCCGUUUUUGGCGAGGAUUCAGGAAGCGCACAGGCAUUAUCGAUAACCAUUUUGAACACACUUCCAGCAGAUUUGAACAAGGAAUUGCUUUUCCCCUGUGCAAAUAUUAAAAAGGAAACUCUGCCGAAUAUUCUGAAAGAAAAACAUUACGGUAUUUGCUGUAUUACAUCGUAUUGUACCCAACCUGACCCAAAGCUGCUUGAUUCUUUGAAAAUAAUUUUUCAAACGUCCAGCAGCACUACAGAAUUUUCUGAAGCGUCCGGACUAUCGUCGGAAUUUCCGGAAGAAACAUCGCAACCACCCGCACAGCCUUCCUGCAUUGUAUUCUUUAGUCCAUCUGGAGUUACUUUUGCCCAUAAUGCUCUGCAACAGUCAAUAAAGUCGUUUGAAAAUGUUAAGCUUGUUGCGAUUGGUCAGUCUACAGCUCAGGAAAUGCAAAAUUUAGGUCUAACAGUUUCUGGUAUUCCAAAGAAACCUGACCCACAGUCAUUACUUGAAGUCAUUGAUUCAAUCUUGGAUUGAAGAAAUACUGAUAUAGUUUAUGAUCUAGAUCAUAGUAAAAAAACAUGAAGGUGUGAUAAGUUAUCACAAAUAUACAAAAACUUAAAUAAUACAUUAACAAACAUGACAUGAUCUAUAAAAAUGAAGAUUGAAUCAACAUUUAAACUGAUAUUUCAACUGAUACAUAUGUUGUAA